AUGCCGUUAUUUUCAGAUACAGCAAGCGCUAUCAAAUCCAGAUUCGGAUUCCAUGACCGCGCCUCUUCUUCUGCUUCUUCCUCGUCGGAGAUGUUGACGGUGAAGAGCACGCCAGAUCUUUCCUUCAAAUCGGCUGCAAAGGAUGUGAACGCUCUUGCUGUUAGGAGUUUUAGUGAGAGCGGUGGUGUCGAUGAUGAUGACGACAAGAAAAUCACGUCGGCCGUUAGAAGCUUCGAAUUCCGAGAAGACCCUAACUUCUGGAAAGAGCAUAAUGUUCAGGUUAUUAUCAGAGUAAGGCCUUUAAACAGUUCUGAGAUAUCAUUGCAAGGAAAUAGUCGAUGUGUGAAACAAGAUAGUUCCCAGACAAUUACUUGGACAGGGCACCCAGAGUCUCGUUUUACCUUUGAUCUUGUUGCAGAUGAAAAUGUUAGCCAGGAGAUGCUAUUUAAAGUGGCCGGAGUGCCCAUGGUGGAAAAUUGCAUGGGAGGCUACAAUAGUUGCAUGUUUGCUUAUGGCCAAACUGGCAGUGGGAAAACCCAUACGAUGCUUGGAGACAUAGAGGGAGGAACCAGAAGACAUAGUGUCAACUGUGGAAUGACGCCUAGAGUCUUCGAGUACUUGUUUUCAAGAAUUCAAAAAGAAAAGGAGGCACGAAGAGAAGAAAAGAUAAGAUACACCUGUAGAUGCUCAUUUCUAGAAAUAUAUAAUGAGCAAAUCCUCGAUCUUUUGGACCCCUCCUCCCUAAAUCUACAGAUCAGAGAAGAUAACAAGAAGGGAAUUUAUGUGGAGAAUCUUACUGAGAUAGAAGUGACGAGUGCUCGCGAUGUAAUCCAACAGCUUCUGCAGGGUGCUACCAACAGAAAGGUUGCUGCAACCAACAUGAAUCAUGCUAGCAGCCGCUCGCAUAGUGUGUUUACUUGCACUGUUGAAAGCACGUGGGAAUCACAAGGUGUAACUCAUCAUAGGUUUGCUCGGCUCAAUCUUGUUGAUUUAGCAGGCUCUGAAAGGCAAAAGAGCUCAGGCGCAGAAGGAGAACGGUUAAAGGAAGCUACCAACAUUAACAAAUCCCUUUCAACAUUGGGGCUUGUGAUAAUGAAUCUUGUGAAUAUAUCUAAUGGGAAGUCGCUUCAUGUUCCUUAUAGAGAUUCAAAGCUCACCUUCUUGCUUCAGGAAUCACUUGGUGGCAAUGCAAAAACAAGUAUUAUUGCAAAUAUCAGCCCAUCUAGCUGCUGUUCAUUGGAGACCUUGAGCACAUUAAAGUUUGCUCAACGUGCUAAAUAUAUAAAGAAUCAUGCUAUUGUAAAUGAAGAUGCUUCGGGAGAUGUUCUUGCCAUGAGGAUACAGAUCCAAAAUUUAAAGAAAGAAGUAUCACGCUUGAGGAGUCUCGUUAAUGGAGGAGCUGAGCACAAUGAAUUUGAUACCCUUGCAGCAGCGUGUCCUGGAUCUCCUGGAUCCUUUAAAUGGGAAGGACUCCAAGGGUUGUCUAGUCCUCUUGCUUCUGCAAAAAAGAUAACACAUAAGAAAGAGUAUGAAGUUGCUCUAGUUGGGGCAUUUAGGAGGGAGAAGGAGAAAGACAUUGCACUAAAGGCAAUGACCGCUGAAAGCCAAGCUGCAUCGAAGCUGGCUAAACAAAGAGAGGAUGAGAUUAAAAGCUUGAAGAUGAGAUUGAGAUUUCGAGAAGCUGGAAUAAAGAGACUCGAAGCUAUUGCUUCUGGAAAGAUUUCAGCUGAAACCCACUUGCUUAAAGAAAGGGAGGAGCAUUUGAAGGAAAUAGAGGUCUUAAGCACUCAGGUUGAUCGCAAUCAGGAGGUCACAAGGUUUGCUAUGGAAAACCUGCGCUUGAAAGAAGAGAUUAGAAGACUGAAAUCAUUUUGUGAGGAAGGAGAACGUGAAAGAAUGAAUGAGCAGAUAGUGACAUUACAGAACAAGUUGCUUGAAGCUCUUGAUUGGAAACUCAUGCAUGAAUCAGACCCUGUGAUAGUUCAGAAAGAGAAUUCUGAGCUGACCGCACCAAGUGGAGAUGACUUCCUGCUAUCCAGUCAAGCAUCACCAUGGCGUACAUCAAUGAAUGAGGAGAAUGAGUUCCUUCGGAUGCAGGCCAUUCAGAACCAAUCAGAACUGGAUUCUCUUCACAAGAAGCUCAACUCUUGCGUUGAAGAGAAAGAGAAAUUGCAAAGGCAUGUUAACGAUUUGCUAACACAACUAGAAGUGGAGAAAUCUUCUAGAGCUGCCGAAAUUGAAGAGGCAAAGACAAGUGGGCUUCAUUCACUUAAUAAAAAUCAGAUGCCCAGCACUGCUCCAGCUGAUCAAAAAGAACUACAAACAAUAGUUGAUGCAAUUGCAGCUGCAAGCCAGAGGGAAGCAGAAGCUCAUGAAACGGCUAUUUUCUUAUCCAAAGAAAAUGACGAACUUAAGAUGAAGCUGAAAGUUAUGAUUGAAGACAACAAUAGACUGAUCGAAUUAUAUGAAGGGGCAGUUGAAGAAAAUCAUAAUGGUAGCAAGGGAGCUCGAGUUACUAAAGAACAGAGGUCGGAAGAAGAAACCUACCAUUACCAUAAAGAUCAGGAGGAGCACUUGCAAAUGGAAAAAGAAAUCGAUAACUUAAAGCAUCAGCUGCAGGAAAUGCAUGAAGAAAAUGAUAAAUUGAUGGGUUUGUAUGAAAAAGCCAUGCAAGAGAAAGAUGAACUCAAAAGAGUUGUUGUCUCCAAUGAACAAAAUAUGAAUGGAAUGAGAGUUGAAUUCAACUGCCCAGAAAAGCUUGUUGUAAUGUAUGGAGUCAAAGAAUCGCAAUCUGAUGAAAAUUUCAGUGGUGCCUUCUUUGAAGAAUGCAGGGAGAGUGGUGAUCUUGAUCCAGCAGACUCGUCUAUUUCUUGUGAUGCAAUUGACAUGCCAAUGGAAACUAACUUGUAUGAAGUAAGUGUGGAAGAUGGACUCUGUGAGGUUUGUCUUCGCAGACAGGACAGUGCCCAGACUGUUGGAUCUCCACUCCGAGUUGAUUCUGUAGAUAAUAACCAAUUAGAGGACGGUCCACAAGGUCUAGUUGAUGCUGCUGUUAUAAAUGAACCUGAAGCAUCAGGAAUGGAUAUUCUUAUGGUAGAAGCAUCAGCUGAACCUCAGGAUGCCCAUUUUCAUUCAAAGACAGACUCAACAUCAUUACAUGCAGCUGCUUGCUUGCCAGAAGAUUUGAGUUUGUUGAGAAAGAAGCUUGUUGAAGCACAAGAGAAGCUUUUAGAUUCUUCCCAAAUUAUAACAACAUUUGCUUUGCUUGAGAAAGCAAUCCUUGAAGUUAAUGAGCUCUCAGAAGAAAUUGAGAGAAUUGAAUCUGGAUCUCGGGUCAAGCAACAGGAGUAUGCAUCUUGCAAAGUUCUUUAUUAUGAAAUGCACGAGAAGAAAAUCAUUCUUGACAGAAAGUUGACAGCAUUGAGGUAUUCUUUGUCAAAUUUCUCUUCAUCAAUCAAGUAUUUUGAGCAACGUGAACGUCAUGCAAGGGAGAGAAUGAAUGCUUCAUCCGCCUCUCUGAAUCAGAAGAAAGAAGAAUUGGUCCGAAUUCAAGUCUGCAAGGAUGAAACUCUGGCUGCACAAAUGAAAAUGAAACAAUCUGAAGUUGAAUUGAAAAACGAGAUAGCACGCCUGAAGCUAAAAGAGGAGGAAGAAACCCAAAGGAUUGAUAAUGAGAGGGUUCUUUUUGCCAUAGAGAACGUUGAGCAAACAGAUAACCGUUCCUCGCAGAAUUGGCAUUUUACUGGUAAAGCGACUGAGCUUCUGAAGUCAGAGGAGCAGAAGACAAAGCUCCAAAAUCAAAUCAAGCAGAGUCUAGAAAAGCUCGGGGCCACAAGGAAGGAAAUUGAGGAGAUGAACAAGAAACUAAGGAAAUUGGAUUUGGAGAUUCAGAGUACCAAACAUGAGAUAGAAAAUGCUUUGCCAUCGGUCGAAGAGUUGGAUCACAAGGUUCAGAGCAUCAUCAACGAAAAGAACAUGAUAUUGGACAUGGAAGAAAAUGGAAGGAAUGAAUUUGAGGCAAUGAUCCUUGACUAUCAUCAAUGCUUGUUUGAAACUGAACUAAAGGAGGAAGAGAUUAGGGUCCUGGAAGAAGAUUUGCAAGCUGAAUCAACUAAAUUGGACGAUUUAAAGAGAGCUAAAUCUGAAGCAACAAGCAGGACAUCGAAUUUGUUGGAGGAAAUCUCAUGUCAUUCGUCAUGCUCGGUAUCGGAGAAACUAGGAGAGAGUUUUCACCAAAUAACUAACUCAGUUGAAGAGUUGAACUCUUUUUUUAGUAUGAUAACCUUGUGA